UUCCCCUUUUUAUUCACAAAUCACAACACACUCUCUCACUGACCUACUAAAACUCUUCAUAAACAACCAAAACGGCAAAAGCCUCUGCGUUUUGCUUUCUUGAUUUUGCGUUCUUUCACAGUAUGGCGGCGGUGACUCUUACAAUCCUCUUCACUUCCCUCUGCCUCCUUUCUACAGCGUCUUGCCGGACGAUGGUCGGCCGGGCUACGGAGAUUGCCGACGUGAAAGCGAACAAGGAGGUGCAGGAGCUAGGGAAGUUCGCGGUGGAGAAAUACAACGAGGGUUUGAGGCUAUGGCAGAUUUACUUUAAUGGCGGUGAGGAAGAUGAUGAUGGUGAAGAGAAGCUGCAGUUUGGGGAGGUGGUGGAGGCAAAGCAACAAGUGGUGUCAGGGAUGAAGUACUACUUGAAGAUUUCGGCCACCACGAAGAGGGAGAAUGGCGUUCCAAAGAUGUUCAAUUCGGUGGUGGUGGUAAAGCCAUGGCUGCGUUCCAAGGAGCUCCUCCAUUUUGGUCCUUAUUCCACUAGCUCCUCCUCCCACUCCCACUGAUCAUGCUUAGCUGCAAUAUUAGGUUUGGUAAAAUUUUUAGGUGAGGUGUUUAUCAUGAAAGCCAAACUCUGUUGGUUUAGUGGUUUAAAUGUUGAAUUAUGGUUCAACCGGAAUAAUCGAAUUGUAAUAAAAUAAUAUAUAAAAUUAAAAAUAUAUUUGUUUUGGCAAGAUUA